CGUCGGGGUCAAACAACGUUGCGCAUGCUCAGUCGGCCUUUGCAAACUAGCUUCUGAAAUCUGUCAGAUCAGCGGACAGUCCUCACCGCAAAUACCUAACCUUAUUCAACUAUACUAAUUCACGUUACUUUACUUUUAAGUCCUUUUGAGUUGUUGUUUUUCGACACUGGUGUCUAAAGGAAGCCGUGGAGAAUGACGAGCAGCGUGAAGCGGAAAGAAGAAAAUCAUCUACAGAAUGGGGGUGUAAAACAAUCCACAUGGAGCAAAGCGUUCAACAGUAAUGCAGUUUGGGAGGAGAAGGAUGAGUUUUUAGAUGUCAUUUACUGGCUGCGGCAAAUCAUUGCGGUGAUCCUUGGUGUAAUUUGGGGGGUUGCCCCACUGAAAGGAUUUUUGGGAAUAGCCAUAUUCUGCAUCAUCAAUGCGGGUGUCCUGUACGUAUACUUCAGCAGCUUUCAGCAGAUCGAUGAGGAGGAGUACGGGGGAACGUGGGAGCUCACCAAAGAAGGCUUCAUGACAUCUUUUGCUCUUUUUCUGGUGGGAAGAUUUUUUACUGUGGGAUUAUUAGGCCUGGGCUGUUAAUCAAAAAGUCAAUUAAUCAAACGAUAAAUGACAUUGAACUGGAUAACUUUGCCAGCAUCGAUAUAUUGCUAUAUUCGUAUAAACCCUCUUGUCAGUCAUCCACAAUCUUUGUCUCUGUGAGUAGAGGCGGGACUGCUAACUUCCGAC